GUGGCGCCACGGCGGAGUUGCCAUGGCGGCGCUGAGCGGCCUGGCUUCGGCGCUGGAGUCGUACAGGGGUCGGGACCGCCUGAUCCGAACGCUGGGGUACUGUUGCCAACUGGUUGGCGGGGUCCUGGUGGAACGCUGUCCGGCCAGAUCAGAAGUGGGGACACGCCUGCUGACCCUGUCCUCCCAACUCAGCCACUGUAGGACUGUCCUGCGACUCUUUGAUGAUGUGGCCAUGUUUAUCUACACGAAGCAGUAUGGCCUGGGGGCAGAGGAGGAAGACAGCUUUGUCCGCUGCGUGUCGGUCCUCGGCAACCUGGCCGACCAGCUCUACUACCCCUGUGAGCACAUCGCCUGGGCUGCUGAUGCCCAGAUCCUCCACGUGGACCCUGCCCGGUGGUGGACACUGAGCACAGCCUUCUGGGGCCUCUCCCUGCUCCUGGGCAUUGCCAGGUCCUUGAGGAUGGUCCUGACGCUGAGACGGAAGCUGAGGGGCCCCGCAGUGGCCUUCACCAGGUACGACCCCAGGGUUUUGCCCGGGAGAAAGGCUGACUUCCUGCCGCAGGCUGGGGACGCUGCUGGGUUUCCCUCGCCGGGGAGGUGCUGUGAGCUGCCACGUUUCCAGCCUCGCGCCUGUGCGGGCCUGCGCGGGGGCCUUACAGCAGCUCCAGGGACUGGCCCAGAUGGGGAAACAGAGGCUGGCUUGAGGCCCCGAGCGCCCCCCGACCCCCGCAGCUCCCUGCCUGUCUCCAGGGCCCAGAGGACUGAGGUGUGGGUUUGAGACUUCCCACACCCGUCUGUGCCCUGUUCAUGCUGUGGGCUCCCUCUGGGGGGUGUGACGGGGACGCAGCCCCACCAGUUCUCCUCACUCGCUCUGCUGUCACCUCUUCCUGCCCGUUGGGGUGAGCCUGGGUGUGCCUGGGUCUUCCCCAGUGGCUUCUCUUUGCUCCCGCAGCCGGCUGCCCCGGAGCAAGAGGAGGGCCAUGGAGGCCCAGGUCCGGUCGGAGGUGCUGACCCUCCUGAGCAACGUGGCCGAUCUGGCCAACGCCGUGCACUGGCUGCCUCCGGGUGUCCUGUGGGCUGGCCGCUUCCCCC